AUGAGGCCAACACAAGUCCUCUCCGUAGGGCGCUACCGCCACCUCAAACUCACAACCAAAGACGUAGGAAAAGGCUUCUACAAGGGAAAUCGCACAGGCUCAAUGGGUCGACACACCAAACACGGAGGAUAUGUAAUCGAGUGGAACAAAGUCCGGACAUAUGCUGUGCCGCCCAACCUGAAAGAAUUCAAGCUCACCCCGUUCGUGAGUCGCGAAGUGCGAGCGGUACCCGGUGACUAUAAAGGGUUAGAGAAAGGUCCCCAAGACCCGUACUUCUACGUCGAGCAAUGGAAACGAUACAAUGGCGUGGAUUAA